UGAAUCGAUGGCGAUCGCAUUUUUAGUUGCCAGUGAAACGCGUAACCCGAAACACGCAUACGCCAUGAGAACCCGUGUCGCAGUCCAUCUAUUCAUCGGGAUAUUGCUUGUAGUUUCAAAUGCCAAAGGCAGAACGGAAGAUGAGGAUGGAGAGAUAUUGGAUGAGAGUUUAACAACAGAGACAACAACAGAGCGCAGUAGCAAAAAGCAAUUGAUUAAUAUUGAAAGUCUGCAGGAAAAUUGUAAAUUCGAGAGGACAAAAUUUGAUGUCGCUGUAGCGGCUUCAACUUUGAUCGACCGGAAGCGAUGGCAUUUUUUGAGCUGCCCACAAAGGUGCACAUAGCACCAGAUGGUGCCACCUAUGAACUGGGCGAGGAGGAACGCCUUGUCACUUUGAUAAUGGAAAAUGCGACGUUUGUGAAUUUUCCCCUGCAUCUAUUCUACGAACUGCCGCAGCUGAGUGAUCUGGACAUGCGUCAUUGCAACAUGCGUUACGUCAGCUGGGAAUGCUUUCUCGAAGCGAAUAAGUUGAAAAUUCUAUUGCUCUCUGAUAACGAAAUCGCUCAGCUGGAUGAGAGUAGUUUUUCCUAUGCAAGCGAGCUUGAAUAUUUGUUUAUCAGUUACAACAAACUGUCCAGCUUACAUCCGGAUGCGUUCAAGGGACUUGGACAGUUGCGUCAUCUUGAUCUCAGUAAUAAUCAGUUGGAGCUGCUGCCCGAGCAACUUUUCGAGGAACUGUCCGCACUUCAGGAGCUAGUACUGGCUGAGAAUAAAUUACGCUAUAUUAGCAGUGAGCUGUUGUCACACAAUACUCGACUCCAAACUGUAGUAUUGCACACAAAUCAACUGCAAAAUCUGGGCGAGUAUGCGUUCCAUUCAGCGCCUCUUCUGCUGUUCGUUGAACUGUCCCAUAAUCCAGGACUGGAGGUGCUUCUUCUUAGCCUCAAUGCAGGACACUUGCUGGCCAGAAAUUGCUCUUUGAGCCGUGUCAAUCUAUUUGGUGCUGUCUCGAACGUUGAUCUCGAUAAUAAUCACCUGCAGGAACUGUAUUUUUCAACGUCGGAGGCACUAGAGCACCUGGUGUUGCGUAACAACUCGCUACAGCAACUUGCAACAUUGUCGAAUGUGCCACGCCUACGUCAUCUUAAUGUUGCCGAUAAUCCGCAAUUGGGAGAUCUGCCAAACGAUUGGCAGACGCCGGAAUUGGAGCGAUUGGACUUAAGCAAUACGGGUUUGCUGCAGUUGCCACUGGAGGCACUGCGUGGCAUGCCACAGUUGCGAAAACUUAAUGUGUCGGCCAAUAAUAUCAGCGAAAUUAAUCCACAGGACUUUGAACAGUUGACACAACUCACACACUUUUACAUACAUGCGAACAACUGGAACUGCUUUAAUCUAAGGUUGGUGAUGGAUAUGGUCAUUAUACAGCAUGGUAUUAGCUAUACCGUAGAUAAAUUCAAUGAUGACUUUCCGGGUGAGUAUAUCUAUGGCAUUGAAUGCAUGUAUCGACUCCCCGAGCAAGAGCAGAUGACAUCGGAUAUGCAACAAGAGGUGGACUCAUCAUCGGCCUCCUCGGCGACCAUCGAGUACUCACAGCUUGUCGAGCCGAAUGUGGUGGAAAAACUGCGACAAGAGCUCAAGUCUGUGGUGCAGCAUUUUGAGACGAGGCUCGAUAUGGUCUCCGGACAACUCAAUACUCUCAAUGCCAAAAUGCAGACGCUGGAGCAUAUGAACAGCUCGUUAUGGAACCAGGUGUCCAUCAGAAUUUGAAUGUGCUGCUAACUGAACAAGAUGAUUUUUCCUAUCCUGUCUUAAAAGAUUUCCUUUUUAAAUGUCAAUUUAGUUUCGUGUCAAUGUUUUUUACAAUAAAGUAAUUAGUGGCAAUUACCGAGAAUAAU